CCGGCCCCGGCCCCGGCCCUCCGCCUUAGAAUGAGAGGCCGCUCUGGAGCCCAAGUAAGAGAGUUCGGUUGUGUGGACCCUCUGUGGAGCCUCCGCCCUCCCUCCUCUCCGGGAUGGCAUUCUCUUCCUACCUCGUUCGGCUUGGCCACUGGGCGAGCCGCCUGGGAGCUCCACGCCAGCUGUCCCUUGGGACGGCAUCCGACGGAAAGUCCAAGAGGAAUGGAAGAGAGAGAAGCGAGAAGAGACAGUCAAGCCAAGAUCUUGGACCCCUCGAUGCUUCCUGGCAGGAAAAGCUGGCUGAUGUGGUGACCCCACUGUGGAGGCUUGACUAUCAAGAGCAGCUCAAGGUCAAGUUUGAAGCUCAGAAGAGAGUUUUACAGACUCUAGCGUCUCGCCUCCGAGCACGUGGCCUUCCUGAGCCAGGGACUGUCGCACCGGAAUCAGACGAGCUCCCCUGGCUUCUCCAUCCUAUAAUCCCCUCGCCUGUCAUCAGCGAGUACAGAAACAAGUCCACGUUCUCUGUGAACCGAGGCCCUGACGGGAACCCGAAGACUGUGGGACAGUACCUGGGAACCGGCCGAGACAGGAACAUUGUCUGUGUGCGGGCGGACCAGCUGAAAAAUAUUCCGGAAAAACACAAGCAAGUUGCUCAGUGUUACGAGGCCUUCCUCCAAAAGUCCCCGCUGGGGCCGUGCCUGCUGUUCCACCGGGGCGGGCACUGGAGAGAACUCAUAGUGCGCACCAAUGCCCGGGGGCAAGUCAUGGCCAUCAUCACCUUCCACCCCCAGCAGUUGAACCAGGAGGAGCUCUGGGCUCAGAAGGAGGCUGUCAGGGAGUUUUUCACCAAAGGGCCAGGAGCGGUCUGUGGUUUGAGCUCUCUUUAUUUCCAGGAAAGCACCAUGACCCGUUGCAGCCACCGGCAGUCUCCCUACCAGCUUCUCUCCGGGGAGCCCUACAUCCUGGAGGAGCUGUCGGGCUUGACUUUCCGCAUCUCCCCCGAGGCCUUCUUCCAGAUAAACACGCCGGGGGCGGAGCUCCUCUACCAGACCGUGGGCCGGUUGAGCGGGCUGAACCCCGCGACCGUUCUUCUUGACAUCUGCUGUGGGACAGGAGCCAUCGGCCUCUCUCUGGCCCCACGAGUGUCCCGCGUUCUCGGCGUGGAGCUGAUCGAGCAGGCGGUGGAGGACGCCAGGUGGACCGCAGCCUUCAACGGCAUCUCCAACUGUGAAUUCCACGCUGGGCCUGCGGAGAAGAUCGUGCCACAGCUACUUGUGUCGCAGAUGGAGGGUCGGUCCCUCGUGGCUGUGGUGAAUCCAGCCCGGGCUGGACUACAUCCCCGUGUUGUUCGGGCCAUCCGGAACUGCGGGCCCAUCCGGAGACUGGUUUUUGUUUCCUGCAAGCCUCACGGAGAAGCCAUGAGGAACUUCUUUGAGCUGUGCUGUCCCCCCGACGCUAGUAAGAAGCUCCUGGGAGAACCUUUCGUCCCAGAGGAGGCUGUGCCGGUGGAUCUUUUUCCCCACACCCUGCACUGCGAGCUGGUGGUUCUCUUCAGCCGCUGACCCACCGGGCUGCAGGAGCUUAAUGCCUGACGUCGGCUGUGCCGCUGCCACACCCUCUCGUCUCGUCGGCCUCAGAUGUCUUCUGUGCCACGGACCUGGCUGGCCAGGUGCCGGCGUGGGUUGCCGUUGAUCGAGUCUCUCUGUCUCUCUCGGAAAUGUUCUUCCCCUCGACUCUAUUUAUUGCCAUUGUUCUUGUCUGUCCGUCU